AUGGAGGACAAGGCGUCCAACCUGGACGCCGUGCUCAAGGAGGCCGUCGAUCUCGAGAACAUACCGAUCGAGGAGGUGUUCGAGAACCUGCGAUGCAGCCCGCAGGGUCUCUCCACGGAGCAGGCCGAGCAGCGCCUCGCCAUCUUCGGGCCCAACAAGCUGGAGGAGAAGCAGGAGAGCAAGAUCUUCAAGUUCUUGGGAUUCAUGUGGAACCCGCUGUCCUGGGUCAUGGAGGCGGCCGCCAUCAUGGCCAUCGCGCUCGCGAAUGGGGGAAACAAGCCGCCCGACUGGCAGGAUUUCGUGGGGAUCAUCACUCUGCUCAUCAUCAACUCCACAAUCAGCUUCAUUGAGGAGAACAAUGCCGGCAAUGCCGCCGCUGCUCUCAUGGCCCGCCUCGCCCCCAAGGCCAAGGUUCUCAGAAAUGGCCGGUGGACCGAGGAGGAAUCAGCUAUCCUUGUGCCAGGGGACAUCAUCAGUGUGAAGCUUGGGGAUAUCAUUCCAGCUGACGCUCGUCUGCUUGAAGGGGAUCCACUGAAAAUUGAUCAGUCUGCACUCACCGGCGAGUCCCUUCCAGUGACCAAAGGCCCUGGUGAUGGAGUGUACUCUGGCUCCACUUGCAAACAGGGCGAGAUUGAGGCCGUUGUCAUUGCCACUGGUGUGCACACAUUCUUUGGCAAGGCAGCACAUCUUGUCGAUUCAACAAACCAAGUUGGUCAUUUCCAGAAGGUUCUCACUGCCAUAGGGAACUUUUGCAUCUGUUCAAUUGCUGUGGGAAUGAUCGUGGAGCUUAUCGUCAUGUACCCGAUCCAACACAGGGGUUACAGACCAGGAAUUGACAAUCUGUUGGUGCUUCUGAUUGGAGGAAUUCCAAUUGCCAUGCCCACUGUCCUUUCUGUGACUAUGGCAAUCGGGGCUCAUCGCUUGGCUCAACAGGGAGCAAUUACUAAGAGAAUGACAGCAAUUGAAGAAAUGGCUGGCAUGGAUGUUCUUUGCAGUGACAAGACUGGGACACUAACCUUGAACAAGUUGACUGUGGACAAGAGUCUUGUAGAGGUUUUCCAAAAAGGCGUUGACCAAGAUACAGUGAUUCUGAUGGCUGCCAGAGCUUCUCGUACAGAAAACCAGGAUGCCAUAGAUGCCACAAUAGUUGGUAUGCUGGCUGAUCCAAAGGAGGCUCGUGCUGGUGUUCGAGAGAUUCAUUUUCUGCCAUUUAAUCCAACUGACAAAAGAACUGCUUUAACCUACCUUGAUGGUGAGGGAAGAAUGCAUCGUGUUAGCAAGGGAGCACCAGAGCAGAUCCUUCAUCUUGCACACAACAAGUUGGAUAUUGAAAAAAGGGUCAGAGCUGUGAUUGACAAAUUUGCUGAACGUGGUUUGCGAGCACUUGGUGUAGCUUACCAGGAAGUGCCAGAUGGUAGGAAAGAGAGUCCUGGAGGACCAUGGCAAUUCAUUGGGCUCUUGCCACUUUUCGACCCCCCUCGCCAUGAUAGUGCAGAAACUAUCAGAAGGGCACUCCAUCUUGGUGUCAAUGUCAAGAUGAUUACAGGUGAUCAGCUUGCUAUUGGGAAGGAAACAGCGCGUCGUUUGGGAAUGGGUACUAAUAUGUACCCUUCAUCUGCUUUACUCGGACAGAAUAAGGAUGAGUCAAUUGCUUCUUUACCAAUUGAUGAAUUGAUCGAGAAGGCUGAUGGCUUUGCUGGAGUCUUUCCAGAACACAAGUAUGAGAUCGUGAAACGCUUGCAAGCAAGAAAACAUAUAUGUGGUAUGACUGGGGAUGGUGUAAAUGAUGCCCCAGCUUUGAAGAAGGCUGAUAUUGGUAUUGCAGUAGCAGACUCCACCGACGCAGCUCGUAGUGCCUCUGACAUUGUCCUAACUGAACCAGGACUUAGUGUGAUUAUUAGUGCUGUGCUGACGAGUCGGGCAAUUUUCCAAAGGAUGAAGAAUUACACAAUCUAUGCUGUAUCAAUUACCAUCCGUAUUGUGCUUGGUUUUAUGCUUCUUGCUCUGAUAUGGAAGUUUGACUUCCCACCAUUUAUGGUCCUGAUCAUUGCCAUCCUCAAUGACGGUACCAUUAUGACUAUCUCAAAGGACAGAGUAAAACCAUCUCCACAACCUGAUAGUUGGAAGUUAGCUGAGAUUUUUGCAACUGGAAUAGUUCUGGGUGGUUAUUUGGCCAUGAUGACUGUCAUUUUCUUCUGGGCUGCGUACAAGACUGACUUCUUCCCGCGACUGUUCCAUGUCGAAAGCCUUGAGAAAACUGCCCAGGAUGAUUUUCAGAAGCUUGCCUCUGCGGUGUACCUUCAAGUUAGCACAAUCAGUCAGGCCCUUAUCUUUGUGACACGGUCUCGCAGCUGGUCAUUUGUGGAGCGUCCUGGGUUCUUGCUGGUCUUUGCUUUCUUGGUGGCGCAGCUGAUUGCUACUCUGAUUGCUGUAUAUGCCAACUGGGCAUUUGCUGCGAUCAAGGGCAUUGGAUGGGGCUGGGCCGGCAUCAUCUGGCUCUACAACCUCGUCUUCUACUUCCCGCUGGAUAUCAUCAAGUUCCUCAUCCGUUACGCGCUGAGUGGGAGGGCAUGGAAUCUCGUCAUUGAGCAGAGGAUUGCGUUCACAAGCAAGAAGAAUUUCGGCACGGAAGAAAGGGAGCGCAAGUGGGCGCAUGCUCAGAGGACUCUCCACGGACUCCAGCCACCAGAAGCAUCCAUCUUCGAGAACAAGACGACCUUCAAUGAACUCAACCAGCUAGCGGAAGAGGCCCGCAGGAGAGCUGAGAUGGCGAGGUUGCGAGAAGUGAGCACCCUGAAGGGGAAGAUGGAGUCGGUGGCGAAGCAGAAGGGUUUGGACAUUGAGACCAUCCAGCAGUCCUACACCGUGUGA